AUGGGGUUGCAGGAGUCAUGUAGGCCACCAAAACGGAAAAGGACUGGGAUGGCGAUCUGUACCUAUAACGCACGUACGCUUGCAUCGGAAGCGGAGACGAGACGACGUCACCCUCUCAACGCCGUAUAUGAAACUGGAGAAGAACUAUUCUUAGGAACAUGCGACAGUAGAGGUGUUGGUGGAGUUGGCGUCUUCAUCAACACGAGUAUGGCAAAGAACAUCGACUCUUUCGAACAAUUUACAACCCGAAUCGGACGUCUGCGGAUGAGAAGAUGUGGUUCAACACCAGUUUUGACUAUCUUCGUCGCUUACGCUCCAACAUCAAGCUACGAAGAAGAAAAAGUCGAAGCUUUCUAUAUGCACCUGGAGAAGUUCUACCGAGAAGAUCAUGCCUUCCACAAUAUCAUAAUUGGCGAUUUCAACGACAAGGUUGGCCCAAGAAGAACGCCGGAGGAACUUCACAUCGGGACCCACGGCCUUCAAUGGAAUGACCAGGGGAGAGGCUCUCCGAGUUCAUCAUGA